AUGAGGAAGUGGGCCGACAUGUCCAACCUCUCGCAGGACUUCAGGCUACAAAUGGAUGAUGAGUCGUGGCCCCUCCAGUCAGGAAGCAGCAGCGGAGAGCUCUCUGGAUCAGGAGAGGCCCAGGCCGAGGCCCUGUGGUGGGGACACCACCUGCAGGUGGCGCUGGUCAACACGGUGGCCUUCAGGGGCAUCUGGCAGAAGCAGUUUCUGUUCACCAACUCCCAGAACCUGCCCUUCAUCCUGUCUGAUGGGACUCCCAUCAAGGUGCCCAGCUUCAACUCUUCUGGGAAGGCUGUCCACAAGGUUUAG